GUUUAUGACAUUGUAAAAUCAAUAUAUUCAAACAACAAAUGUGCAAUACGAAUUGGCAACAAACAUACAGAUUUCUUCACCCAGAAAAGAGGAGUGCGGCAGGGCUGUAGCCUGAGUCCAACACUGUUCAACAUCUACAUUAAUGAAUUAGCGGUGCAGUUGGACCAGUCUACAGCCCCUGGACUCACUCUACAAGACAAAACCAUCAAGCUUUUGCUGUACGCAGAUGAUCUGGUGCUGCUGUCAUCUACACCACAGGGACUACAGCAGCACCUAGACCUGCUGGAGAACUACUGCCAGAACUGGGCCCUGGCUGUAAACCUCAAAAAGACCAACAUUAUGGUCUUUCAGAAAAAGCCCAGAUGUCAGGAACACAGAUACCGGUUCAGUCUAGGCAGCACUGAUGCAGUACACCUACCUCGGCCUGAUCAUCACUGCAUCGGGGAGUUUCAGUACGGCAGUGAAUGCUCUCAAAGAUAAAGCUCGAAGAGCUCUAUACGCAAUCAAGAAAAAAUUCCAAAAUAUUGAAAUACCGCUUCCAAUUUGGUGUAAAAUCUUUGAUAGUGUGAUUCAGCCCAUAGCGCUGUAUGGAAGUGAGGUUUGGGGUCCACUCAGUGAUCAGAGCUACACUAGAUGGGACAGACAUCCAACAGAAGCCCUACACACAGAAUUCUGCAAAAUGAUCCUAAAAUUACAAAGGAGAACACCCAAUAAUGCAUGUAGGGCAGAAUUAGGCCGAUUCCCAUUGAUUAUAAAUAUACAAAAAAGAUCCCUCAAAUUCUGGAUGCAUCUUAAAUCGAGUCCCACAGAAUCGCUACAUUUUAAAGCACUACAAACCCAAGAACUGAACCCCGAAAAGAGUCCACUCAGUCAGCUGGUUCUGAGACUUACUAACCUGACUAACUCUACUAACACUAACCAGUCUCAGACCAGCACUGCUUCUCACCCAAACAUCAAAAUAAAUCAAAUUAUCAAACAAUCUAAAAAUAUAUAUCUGGAACAUUGGGAUCAAGAGACUAAAACACAAAGUAAAUUACAACUAUAUCGGACCAUAAAAUCAAAUUAUGAAUUGGAAGAUUAUCUCCAGAGUGUCAGAGACACAAAGCAGAGACAGAUCCUGACCAAGUACAGGCUCAGUGAGCACAGACUAGCCAUCGAGACCGGCAGACACAGAAAGAGCUGGUUACCCAGAGAGCAAAGGGUGUGUGCUCACUGUGAGACAGGAGAGAUCGAGACAGAGACACACUUCCUCCUUCAUUGUCAUAAAUACAUAUCAAUAAGAAACCUCUACUUCAACAAACUCACCAACUUAAUAAAGAACUUUACAACCAUUAGUGAAACAGAACAAAUAAAGAUAGUACUAGGAGAGGGACAGACAGCAGCACUGGCUGCGAGAUACGUGUGGACGUGCCACAGCCUGAGAGACAGCAGGUGAAUGUGUGUAAUGUGUGUAAUAUGUGUAUUACAUCUGACCUCAAAGUGUUUCCCUACUGUCUACCACAGUGACCCUCAGCCUGUGUGUGUUUAUGUGUUAAACACUGUGGUAUGAAAUGUUCACAUAAUAAGUUCUUAUUUGUUACACUGUUUAUUUAAGUUUAUAUUGUUAUAAGGUUUUUAUUCUAUUAUUUUGAUCUUUUCAUUGGUAUUAUAUUUCUCCACAUAUAUUUCAAGCUUUGGCAAUAUUGUAUUUUUUACAGUCAUGCCAAUAAAGCAAUAUUGAAUUGAAUUGAAUUGAAUUGAUAAAAUUGGCUUGGCUUGAUUCCUCUGUGGUCCCUGUAAAGUGAUCUUCUGUCUUCACGCUCACCUGGAAAACACCAGACGCUCAGACUUUGGACUGAAGACAGAAAAUGAGUCACGUUGAAAGAUUUCUGAAUAAAAAAAACUAUUUACACUAAAGUACCAAUUAAAGAAGAAACUCUUUAGCAUUAAACUACUGAUUGAAGAAAGUCUUAAACGACUUAAAUGAUUAAAGUCGGAACACUUUAUUAAACUACUAACUGAAAAACAAACUCUUGAGAUUAAAUUGGUGAUGAAAUAAUGAGAAGUGAAGGAGCUGUCUACUGAUCAGACGCACGGCAGAAACUGAAUGCUGGCCCAUGAUCCUCCGUCAUCGAGCAGAGCGAAGGAACAGAGAGAGGCUGUCGUUAGAAAAUGAGUAGGCAGCGAAAAAUGAAGUUAGCUGGGGGGGAAAAAGAGAAAGAGAUGAAAGAAGAAAGAAAAACACAGGAUGCUGCGAUCUGGAAUGACAGAGCUCGAGAGACAAGUAAGGGCAGGUCUGGGACAAUGAGCUUGGAAAGAAUUAAAAAACAGCAGGCAGAGAGAGAGAGAGAUAAGGAGUGUUUAGACAACUUUAACCUGUGUGUAGUAAGAUGUAAGUAACGUGACAUGCUUAGCUGGUCCCAUCAUUAUGUGUAGAAGUAGGACUUGAAUAAACAGAGUCAAGUCACAGCGUAAACGCAGUUAAACAGCCAAUGAACAGUAAAGUUUUGCAAGAGAAAACUCAAACACACAAUAACUCAAAUUCAGAGAAUAACAACAAAAACAGGAGCAAACACCAAAGCAAAUAUAGGAGAGCAAACAAGUCAAAAGCAAAAGCUCCUCCCGAACUCGCGUCACAUCCGGGUCUUUAUUCGCGCCCACUAACGUCUGAUUGGUCCUCAAAGCAUCGCGUAGAAUCGAUGACUGAUGGAAGCAUGGUCCAAUCACAGGUCCUGUGAGGUGAGAGUGAAGCAAGAGAGAGAAAAAGGAGAAAACAGCCUUCCAAGAACAAUACGGGACGCAACACUCUGAGACACAAAACAGUUCUGCUGUGACUUUGAUUGGAAUUAUUUUCAUCAGCGAAAUAGAAACAGUCAAUAUUGUGUCUAAAAUGAAUCUAAUAAUCGCUAUCCCAAAGGUUGGGAUAUUCUUCAUCUUCUUUUGGGGGUAGGUUCAGGCCAUGCCUACAUCUUCAAGCACGACCUGCCGGUUAACCCCAAGACCUGGACGAGAGAUGGGGCCUAUGCCAAGAUACUUAAAGAGAUCUAUUGGCUGGUUUUGCUUUUAUUACAGAAUAAACUUCUCUCAAAUGACUCUCCGCCUAUUGAGUCUUUUUUGGUAGAAAUGAAAGCGUAGCAUAAGUUCUACCAGAAAGACUCAAAUUUCACGUCAUAUGUCAUUAAUUUAGUUGAGCCAAUCACCGCUCUGCUUGAAUUAUAAAAGUCUCAUCUUACCAUCCUUUCUGCCACUCGCAGGUGUUCAUCGAAGUUCCCCUCCUUCCUCCCCUUCCACCACCAGCAGUGAGUUGGUGAAGGACGAUGGCAUCUGUUGAGCAGUAUUGUGACACACUUGAUGAGCCGAAAGAAAAAAAACUGAAACAUGAGCAAGUCCAGAUGAGCAGUGGUGUUCAUACUGGAGUCAGUGUUGAUCUGAACGCUCAGACAGGAGCGACUGUAAAUGCUUCUGUACUCACUGGAAACACCAUCACAUCAGUGACCUUCAACUACAACACUGCAGGACACGAGCCACAAAAACUCUCAGAGACAGCAGAGAAACACACAGAAAAACAAGAUUUGAUUCUGAAAAAAUUAUUGGAAACUCACAAAUCCAACAUGAAGAAGAAAGCAGAACGUAUUUUUGAGGGCAAGAAAGAAAAUAAAGCACAUCUCGAGGUUGUUUACACUGAGCUCUUCAUCACAGAGGGAGACAUGAAAGAUGUCAAUCAGGAACAUGAGAAUCUGAAGAUUGAUGAUGCUUUCAAGAACAAACAAACACAGGACAAACCAAUCAAAUGCAAUGAUAUGUUCAGUAUAUUGAGGGAAAACAGUGAGAAGAAUAUUGUGCUGACCAAGGGAAUCGCUGGCAUUGGAAAAACUGUUUCUGUGCACAAGUUCAUCCUGGACUGGGCAGAAGGAAAAGCCAAUCAGGAUAUACACUGUGUGUUCCUGCUUCCAUUCAGAGAUAUUAACAGAAUAAAAGAUAGAGAGUUCAGUCUCCAUGAGUUUGUACAGGUGUUUUAUCCUGAAAUGAAGAAUCUGGUAAAAUUAAGGCUACAUGCCAGCUGUAAUCUGUUUAUAUUUGAUGGACUUGAUGAGAGUCGACUGCCUUUAAAUUUUGAAAGUGAAAUUCUGCAGAGUUUUGAGGAAAGAUCAUCUGUAGAUGUACUGUUUACAAAUCUGGUCAAAGGGACUCUGCUUCCAUCAGCUCUAGUCUGGGUGACCUCACGACCAGCAGCAGCCAAUCAGAUCCCUCCUGAACAUGUGGGUUUGUUCACUGAGGUGCGAGGAUUCACUGACCAACAGAAGGAGGAGUACUUCAGAAAGAGAAUCAAAGAUGAGACUCUGGCCUCCAGAAUCAUCUCACACAUUAAGACGUCUCGUAGUCUCUACAUCAUGUGUCAUAUUCCUGUGUUCUGCUGGAUCACAGCCACAGUACUUCAGGAUAUUCUCAUCAACAACAGUGAAGAGAGCAUCAGCACAACACUCACUGAAAUGUACAUCCACUUCCUGCUGAUACAGAUGAAGAUGAAGAACCAGAAGUAUGAUGAAAAGACAGAAAGACAACGUAAAAAGCUCUUACGUUCAAAUAGAGGAAUGAUUUUGAAGCUAGCCAAGCUAGCAUUUGAACAGCUGAAGCAGGAAAGCAUUGUGUUCUAUGAGGAAGAUCUGGAAGCAUGUGGUAUUGAUGUGAGCGAAAACUUCACAGGAUUGAAGAGUGAGGAGUUCACAGGAAUGAUCACUGAGAUCUUUGAGAUGGAAGCUGGACUUCAUGAAACGAAGGUCUUCUGCUUUGUGCAUCUGAGUGUUCAAGAGUUUCUCGCCGCAGUGCAUGUGUUCAUCUGUUACCUGGAGAAGAACAAGAACAAGCAAGAGCUUCAGUUUUUCUUUAAUAAUCCCAAAGAAAAUGUCACAUUGCAGGAGCUACUAAAGAAGGCUGUUGAUAAAGCCAUGGAGAGUCAGAGAGGACAUCUGGACCUGUUCCUGCGGUUUCUGAUGGGCAUUACACUGAAAUCCAGCCAAGACCUGCUCACAGGUCUGAUCACACGCAAUGAAGACACCACAGAGAGCAUCAUACAGACAACUCAAUACAUUAAACAAGUACAAGACGGGUACUUUAUCUCAGAUGAAGCUUUAGUCAACCUAUUCUACUGCUUACUUGAGCUCAAGGAUCAUUCGUUAUAUGAGGAAAUCCAGAGAUAUCUCAGUUCAGAUGAACAUCCAGGAAGAAAACUCUCAUCUUCAAUGUGCACCAUGCUGACCACAGUACUGCUGAUGUCAGAGAAGGUGCUGGAUGAGUUCAACCCAAAGAGGUUCACUUCAUCACAAGAAAAUUACGAGAGACUCAUUCCAGCUGUGAGAUGCUGCAAAAAAGCCCUAUUUGACAGCUGUGGUUUUUAUGGAAGAUGCUGUGAAACUGUGUCUUCAGCUCUCCAAUCAUCAAACUGUCAUCUGAGAGAGCUGGACUUGGGUAGCAAUUACCUGCAGGAUUCAGGAGUGAAGCUGCUUUCUGAUGGACUGAAGAGUUCACACUGUCAACUGAACAUACUGAGGCUAUAUGGCUGUAAUCUCACUGUUCAAUCUUGUGAGACUUUGUCAUCAGUUUUACAAUCCUCAACCUCCUGUCUGAGAGAGCUGGACCUGAGUAACAAUGACCUGCAGGAUUCAGGAGUGAAUCUGCUUUCUGACGGACUGAAGAGUCCAGACUGUCAGCUGGAGAUACUGAGGUUUUCCAUAUGUAAUCUCACUGCUCAGUCUUGUGAGAGUUUGUCAUCAGUUUUACAAUCCGCAAAAUCCUGUCUGAGAGAGCUGGACUUGAGUAACAAUGACCUGCAGGAUUCAGGAGUGAAGCUGCUUUCUGAUGGACUAAAGAUAAACUGUAAGCUGGAGAUACUGAGGUUUUCCAUAUGUAAUCUCACUGCUCAGUCUUGUGAGAGUUUGUCAUCAGUUUUACAAUCCUCAAACUCCCGUCUGAGAGAGCUGGACCUGAGUAACAAUGACCUGCAGGAUUCAGGAGUGAAGCUGCUUUCUGAUGGACUGAAGAGAAACUGUAAGCUGGAGAUACUGAGGUUAUCUGGCUGUAUGGUGACAGAGGAAGGCUGUGGUUAUUUGUCUUCAGCUUUGAGUUCAAACCCCUCACACCUGAGAGAGCUGGAUCUGAGCUACGAUCACCCAGGAGAUUCAGGAGUGAAGCUGCUCUCUAAAAAACUCAAGAAUCUGGACAAACUCAAUGUGGAUCAUGGAGGAGAAUCCAGAAUUACAGCAGGACUACACAAAUCCCAAGACUGGUUGCUGCUGGAAGAGGUGGAUGAUGGGACGGCAGCCGCACACAGCUACAGCUGGAGAGGAGAGAGAGAUAGAGUCAGUUCAGUGGAUUGGGAUUAUUAGGAGCCCAUGAUUGAUGAGGGUGUCCCAGUGAUUUUGGUCAUAUAGUGUAAUACAGUGUUCACCGUUUGUUUAAUUACAUGUAAUUUAACUAACUGCAUGAUUUUUACUGUACAUUUCUGCCAAAGUCACCACUAAUAAGCUACUCCUAAAUAUAAUUUAGAAACUUUCUGUAAAGCUGCUUUGCAAUGAUUUGUAUUAUGAAAAGCACUAUACAAAUAAACUUGAACUGAAUUCAAUUGAGUGAGGGCCAGUGGAGGGGAUUUGGCCAGUUAUAUCUCUACUCUUUACGAGAAGUGCCAUGGGAAUUUUUAUUUUUUAUUUUUUUUAUUAUGCAAACAAACAUACUAUUUACAGGUGACAAAUCAAAUACAAAAUAACCAAGGCCAACGAAACAUACAUGACAGCCAACAUGAUUUGUGUGAGUGUGUGUGUGUGUGUGUAUGUAAGUAGUGUGACUGGGUGUUGGAGGUGGAAAAAAUAAUAAUAAUAAUUAAUAAAUAAAAAUAGAAAGUACAACAGACAUAACAAUAGUAAAAAACCAUAAAUGAUAACAGUAGUAAUAAUAAUAAUAAUAAUAAUAAUAGCAUUAAUAGCAAACAUUAGAGGAUGGAGGGUGAGGAAGGUGAUUAGUAAUACUAGCAGCAAUAAUAUUAAUAAAUAAAUAAUAACAAUAAUAAUAAUAGUAAUUAACUCAAUCAGAAAUGAGGGGAAAGUUGGAGGGUGAGGAGGAUGACAAAUAUCAAUAAUAAUUGUAUUAAAUGGUAAUUAGUAAUAGUAGCAACAAUAACGAUAAUAAACUUAUUCAUCAGAGACAGGGGGGUGGUUGGAGGAUCAGGAAGAGGACAAAUAGUAAUAAUAAUAAUAAAAAUAAUAAUGGUAGUAAUAGUAGUAGUAGUAGUAAUGACGAAAUAAUAAUAAUAAUAAUAAAGCUAUAAAUAGUAAGAUAUUGUAAGGCUGCCUCUGGGCCCUCCGUGAGCAAGGCAUAAAUUAGGCCCAAAACGAGCCUUCAAGGAGAGGUGCUGCGGGGCAGAAGGCCCAAAGUUCCACCCCCGGCCGCCACUCACAUGUCAUGCUUACCCUACAUAAGUAUAUGUAUUGUUGAGUUUAUGCAUUAAAAGAGCGUGACAUGCAGCGUGGAACCAGUCCAGGCCCCCACGCUCACGUCCCACUUAUCCUGUGUGCGUCUGCUAUACAUAUGUUUUUUUUUCUCUCCUCCCCUCCCCUCCCCUCUCCCUUACUUCUUUUUUUUCUUUCUCCCUUCUUCCCUUGCUUAUUUUACAAUAGAUGUAUGUAUAUCGUCUAGUGUUGCAUUAAGAAAGCAAGCCAUGUAGUGCUGAACCUGCCAGAGGCAAGAAAACCAGGCCAAAGCUGGUACAGGUUGGAGGUACAAGGUCUCCGGUCCCACAGCACACCCACCAACCACUAAACCAAACCACACAGGGCAGGAACUGAGAUGCCACAGCCAACUGAGGCCCAGAGGCAUGAAAGGAGAACGAGAAAGAGAGAAAAAUAAUAAACAACAAAAUAAUAAAAAUAAUUUUUUAAAAACAAUGAAAGUGAGGAGAACAGAAAGAGACAGAAAGAAAGGAUAGAGAGAGAGAGAAAAAAAAGUUUAAUCUUUUAUAAGUUUUAAUUUAGUUUGAUAUUAGCCAUUGUUGCUACCUCCUCCUUGUCACACAACAGAGCCAAGAGCCAAGGGUUAGUGGUGAAUGUGACUUUAUUCAAUAAUAGUGAGAAAAUAGUUUGUGAACGUGGGAGUGAGUCUUUCAGAGGGGGUGAACGCAGAGUACUGGAUGGUGUGAGUCCGGAGAAUAAUGAGGGUAAUCGUAGGAGAUCUUGGAAGGUUUCGGUGGAGUAUCGCUGGAGAGAAUCUGAGGAACAACAAUGGGAGAAGUUAGUAGAAAGGAGCCAGGUUACCGUUCCGUAUGUCAACCGUAGACCGGACGAUGAAUGUCAGAGAGUGUGGUUGCUUUAUGGCAGUGCUGAUGAGGGUGAGCAGGUGCUGGUGAUCAAAACUCAGGUGACAGUGAUCUCGUGAUUGCUUGUGAUGACGUUGACGGUGACUCUCUGACACUCCUAACCCCCCUCCCCCAAAUCUUGUGUAGAUAUUGAUGAAUGGUGUGUCGUUGAGGAUGGCUUCAGACAAAGAGGGUCAACGGAUUCAUGAUUGAUGGAAGUUUAUGAGAGAUAACAAAGAGGGGUGUAAUUCUAUUGUAUUAUUUUGAGUGGAAGUUGACAGGUUUUCCAUGGAGAUGUAAUCUAGUAGUAAGUUUUUCCGAGAUGUAAUAUGUAUGGUGUUCCUUGAUUUCCAGUUCAUGAGGAUAGUUUUCUUGGCGACAGUUAGAGCCACUAGGAGUGAUACUAUCUGUAUCAUUUGAACUGAUUAUGGAUAUGUCACCUAAUAUACAGAGGAAGGGAGACAAUGGGAUGUGACUUCCCAUAAGGUUGGAUAGUGACUCGGUAACAUUUUCCUAAAAUUCUUUAACUGGGGUGCAAUGCCACAUGGCGUGAAGAUAAGUGUCUGAGGUGUUUUGUGUACAAUGUGAGCAUGUUUCUGAAGUAAAACCCAUUUUAAAUCAUUUUCGUCCAGUAAGGUGAAAUCUAUGAAGUACUUUAUAUUGUAUUAGUUGAAGGUUGGCAUUUUUUCGUCAUGAAGUAAAUAUUUUUGCAGAUUUGUGUCCAGAAGGCGGCAUCAGGAGCAAUAGAUGCAUUUUAAACCAAUGAUGCUUUUUGAUUGUCUGUUGUAGAAGGGUAAAUCUGAAGUAUUAAUGUCCUUACAGAUUGUUUGUUCAACAUCUAGCCAUGUGCUUUCUGAUGGGUUAGGGUGAAUCCAUUUGUGUAUAUUUUGGAGCUGAUUGGCCAGAAAGUAGUAGUGAAAAUGUAGUGCUUCCAGUCCUCCUUGUGUUCUGUAAGGUAGUCAAUUUAAUUCUUGGGGUCUUGUUUUUCCUGUAGAAUCUGGUAAUGAUUGAAUCUAGUGAUUUAAACCAGGAAUGGGUGGGUUGUGUUGGUGUCAUUGUAAAUAAAUAGUUUAAUUUAGGGAGUAUAGUCAUUUUAAUUACUGAUACUCUGCCCAUAAUAGAUAGUGGUAGGUUCAUCCAGCGUUGAAGAUCAUCUGCUAUUGUUUUAAGUAGUGGAGUGUAGUUGAGUCCAAACAGCUCUGACAGCCCGGGGGAAACAUUAAUACCCAGAUGUGUGAUGUGAUUGGUGCACAGAGGAAUUGGUGGUGUAUGGGAUGUCACAUCCAAACUGGUGGAAUGUAAUGAAAGUAUAGCAGAUUUACUCCAGUUGAUUGAGUAUUCAGAAAUAUUUGAGAAAGAGUCAAUGAGUUUAAUCGUUUAUUGUAAUGAUGAUGGAGGGUCUUGUAAAUAUAAUAAUAUAUCAUCAGCGUAAAGACUUAUUUUGUUGUGUAUAUUUAGUGUUUGAAUUCCUUUUAUGUUGCUGUUUUGACUGUUUAUGUUGCUGUUUUGGUUCAAUGAAAAUGGUGAAAAGUGAGGGGGAGAGUGGGCACCCUUGUCUAUGAAUGAAUGAAUGAGUGAGGCAUUUAUAUAGCGCUUUAUUGUGUAUUGCAAUACACCCAAAGCGCUUUACAAUCAUGGGGGGUGUCUCUCCUCAACCACCACCAGUGUGCAGCAUCCACUUGGAUGAUGUCUAGUCUUUUACCACUGUCUAGUCCCGCAGUGCAGUGUGAAGCUACGUGAUGUUAGUCCAUUAGUGAUGACAGUGGCUGAAGGUGAUGUAUAUAGAAUUUUAAUCCAAUUAAUGAAUGACUCCCCAAAACCAAACCUCUCUAAUGUGGAAAACAGGAAUUUCCAGUUUACUCUAUUGAAAGCUUUUUCUGCGUCAAGAUUGACUAUGAUGGUUUUGGCUUUAUGAAUUGAUGAGUUGAUGAAUAAUACAUUAAGUUAAAAAUUCUGCGUGUGUUGUUAGAUGCAAGUCUACCUUUAAUGAAACCAGUUUGGUCUGGAUGGAUUAUAGAUGGUGUGACUUUUUCUAAUCUAUGGGCUAGUGCUUUGGCGAUGAUUGUAAUGUCUACAUUGAUUAGGGAAAUUGGACGAUAGCUUGACGGUAGUGUUGGGUCUUUAUUGGGUUUGAGAAGGAGUGAAAUUGUGGCUGUGUUCAUAUUAUCUGGGAGUUUUUAUUUUUGUUUUGAUUCAUUUAUCAUUCAGAUAAAUAGUGGUGAUAAGAUGGACCAAAAGCAGGGAAUCCAUCAGGACCUGGUGCUUUAUUGUUUGUCAUAAGGGCAUUAAAAAAUUCAUGUUCUGUUAACAGGGAUUCAAGAGUAUUUAUUUGAUGUUUACUAAGUUGAGGUAGGUUGAUAUUGUUGAGAAAUUAAUUGAUGUCUUUCUGAGUCGGGUCUUUUUCAGAAGAAUAUAAUUUACUGUAAAAAUUUUGAAAAAUUUGAUUGAUUUCUUCUGGUGAAUUGGUGGACUUCCCUGCUAUGUCUGUAAUAACUGCUAUUGUUGUUUUUUCCUUAUUUUGCUUGAUUUGAUUUGCCAAAUAUUUACCAGAUUUGUUACUGUGAUGGAAGUUUUCUUGUCUUAGCCUUUGACUUAGGAAUUGGGUAUGUUUAUUGAUUAAUUCGUUUAACUGAAAUGUAUAUUUUUUUUAUGUAUCCCGUGUUUUUUCUGUUGGGUUAUUUAUAUUGGAGUCUUCUAGUUCUUUGAUUUUUUUUGUUCCAGUUCUGCUUGUUCCUUCUAUUUCCUUUUUUUGUAAACGAAGAAUGAAAUUAUUUUUCCUCUUAGUACUGCUUUCCCUGCUUCCCACAGAAGAGAUGGGGAUAAUUCCGGGGAGUCAUUCAUCUCUAGAAAGCAUGCCCACUCUCUUUUAAAAUAACUGUCAAAGUCAUGGUCUUUCAGAAGAGAUGUGUUAAAUUGCCAUCUAGUAAAGGGUUUAUGUGGACUAUUUAUGUUCCAUUGUAAUGUUACUGGGGCAUGAUCACUAAUAACUAUUGGAUGGAUCUUUGAUUCAGGAAUAUUUGAUAUGAUAGAAUUACUGGUGAGAAAGAAGUCAAUGCGGGAAUAUGAUCGGUGGACUGGUGAGAAAAAUUAAUAUUCUUUAACAUUAGGAUGCUGUAUACGCCAACUAUCACCAAGACCAAAAUCACUCAUGAACUGUUUUAUGGUUUCUGCAGAUUUCCAGAUAUGUUUAUUGCCUAAACUGUUAGAUCUAUCUAUUGUUGAGUCUAGAACUGUGUUGAAAUCACCUGCUAUUAUGACUGGACAGUUAGAAAAAUUUGAAAUGGAAGAAAAAAAGGUCUGGAAAAAAGAUGGGUCAUCUGUGUUUUGGCCAUAUAAAUUGCCAAUUGUAACUGGGCUAUUAUUAAUUGAGAUAUUUAUGAUAAUGAAACGUCCCUCGGGGUCUAUGACGGUGGUGUUAUGAACAAAUUAGAUUUUUUUACUUAUUAGAAUGCACACUCCUCUCUGUUUUGUGUUGUAGUGAGCCGAGAAUAAAUGACUGUACUUUGAUUUAAUUUUGUUAUGAUCAGAUUAGGGCUGUAGCUAUCGAAUUUUUUAGUAAUCGAGUAUUCUACCAAAAAAAAUUUCCAUAGAUUAAUCGAGUAAUCGGAUAAAACAUAUUUUUGCUUAAUUAAAGAGCAAUAUUAAAUAUACAAGAGGA